AUGUCUGCACCAGAUUCACUACCCCCUACGCUUGCCCGACAGCUAGACGUGCUGCUGAUCGACAAUUUCGACUCCUUCACCUGGAAUCUCUACCAGCAAAUAUGCCUUCUCGGUACAGACGUCGUGGUCAUUCGAAACGAUGCUAUUACGCCUGCGCAGUUACCCCUCCUCAAAAUCAACUCGCUGAUCAUCUCGCCUGGUCCGGGGCACCCAAAGACAGACUCGGGGAUAUCCAAGGCGGCGAUUGCGUACUUCCAGGGAAAGGUGCCUAUCCUCGGUGUGUGCAUGGGCUUGGAAUGCCUGGUUGAUCUUUACGGAGGCUCUAUCGCGUAUGCCGGGGAGAUCAUGCACGGAAAGGUAAGCCGUGUCAGGCAUGAUAACCGGGGGUGCUUCAAGGGCAUCCCACAAGGCAUCAAGUCGAUUCGCUACCACUCUCUCAGCGCAUCCCUCAGCACGCUUCCCCCUGAACUCGCGAUCACCUCGACGACCGAAGAGUCGGGCGUGAUCAUGGGCGUGCGCCACCGGAAAUACACUGUGGAAGCCGUGCAGUAUCACCCUGAAAGCAUCCUCAGCGAAGGCGGCGACGACCUAGUGAAGAACUUCCUGUCGUUCCGGGGCGGGCUGUGGGAGCAGAACCCGCAUGCGAUGGUCAGCGACCCGAACAUCCCGCCGUUCGAUGCCACGAUUCUGCCGCCAGACCCGGAGAUGAAGAAGCAGAUACCAUCGAUCCUGGACCGCAUCUACAAGCAGCGGCUCGAAGACGUCGCGAAGUCACAGGCCACACCUGGCACGACUUAUGCUGACCUAGAAACCCUUCUCUCGCUGAACGUCGCUCCUCCGAUCAUCCCUUUCCUACCGCGCCUCAGACAGAAAGACCAGAAGCAUCCUUCGUUGCUUGCCGAGGUCAAACGUGCUUCGCCGUCGAAGGGGCCUAUCAAUACCACAGUUUCGCCGGCCCACCAAGCUUUGACGUAUGCCCUCGCUGGAGCACAUACGAUAUCUGUGCUGACUGAGCCGAAAUGGUUCUUGGGAUCGUUGCAGGACAUGCUACACGCUCGCUUAGCCGUUGCCAAUCUCCCAAACAGGCCUGCCAUCCUUCGCAAAGACUUCAUCCUUAGCCGGUAUCAGGUCCUAGAAUCGCGGGUAUGGGGAGCGGACACCCUGUUACUGAUCGUAAGCAUGCUGAACGAACCACUACUACGCGAUUUGUACAAUUUCUCUGUUUCGUUGGGCAUGGAGCCCCUCGUCGAGGUGAACAAUGCCAAGGAGAUGGAGCUGGCGCUCUCCCUUCCCGCGAAGGUCAUCGGGGUCAACAACCGCAACCUCCACAGCUUCGAGGUUGACAUGAACACCACCAGCCGCCUCACUGAUAUGGUGGAAGGCAAGGGCGUCGUGUUAUGCGCACUCAGCGGCAUAUCCAGCGCGGCCGACGUAAACAGGUACGCAGCGGAGGGCGUCGGGGCGGUGUUGAUCGGCGAGAGCUUGAUGCGAGCUAAAGACACUGCUAAAUUCAUUCGCGAGUUGAUGUCGAUACCGGAACCACCCGCCGUCGAGGGCAGAUGGGGCGCCAAGGAGACGCUCGUGAAGAUAUGCGGGAUACAAUCCAAGGAGGAGGCCGUCUUCGCUGCCGAGGCGGGGGCUGAUAUGCUCGGAAUCAUCCUUGUGCCCACGUCGAAGAGGUGUAUUGACUUGGAUGCCGCGAAGGAGAUCUCAGCCGCAAUACGAUCGCUACGUUCCGCUGCUCCGCCGCCGCCCACUGCAGAGGCGUUCGCGAGCAACGCGCCUUGGUUCACUGCAAACGCCAUCCGGCUGUCCACGCAUUCGCUCCGCCCCCUCCUCGUCGGCGUCUUCCAGGAUGCCCCUCUCGAUGACAUCCUGCACGCCGUGGCUUACCUCCAGCUCGACAUCGUGCAGCUGCAUGGAUCGGAAACGGUGGAAUUUGCACGGCAGAUCCCUGUGCCUACGAUCAAGGCAUUUCAUGUCGGCAAGGGUUCGGGGUUGGGAGGUGUCACGCGGGGCGGAGCGCACCACUUCAUACUUAUAGACAGCUUGAGGGACGAUGGGAGUGGUGUAAGCGGGGGCACGGGCAAGACUGUCGAUUGGGACUUGGCGAGGCGUGUUGUGGAUGCUGGAGAGAUCGUGCUCGACGGAGGCGCUUCAUACAAUGCGCAGGUACUAACUAUCGUCGCGAAUGGCGACACUACAACGAAUGACGACACUACUGCUGCUAUCCCUACAACCGAUGAAGCCGCGACAGAAACAACGACAACGGCUGAACCCCCGAUACCACAAGCCCCGGCCUCGCAAUACCCUUUACCCAUCAUCCUGGCAGGCGGCAUCACAGUCGACACAGUGGCCGAGGCGAUCAAGAAGGUGAAGCCUUGGGUGAUUGAUGUCAGCGGCGGCGUUGAAGCUGGAAACGGGCCCACGAAAGACCUUGACAAAAUACGCACGCUCAUCGCCAUUGCGAAGGGCUGGGUGCCCAGCGCCCCUGCUCCUCCUGCUCCUGCCGAACCGAAGGACGCUGGUGUAACAGACGACGCUGCGGUCGAGCAGUAA